UGCAGUAAAUUUGUGAAUGGUAUUAAAACACGUGAAACUGCAGAUCAUCUGUCAAAUUCAUACCUUUUUUCGCGAUAAAAGAUCUUUAACAAACAUGAGUGUAUUUAGAGUCUCUGUAAAUCCUUUAAUAGGUAAAAAAGAAUGGAUACAAGAACCAGAGCAUUACGACUACUAUCAAGAGGUUGCCCGAUCAGCAUAUGCUGACAUGUUGCAUGAUACUGAGCGAAAUCAAAAGUAUUAUGUUGCUAUAAAGAAAGCUGUCAAGUCGAUGAAGGAACAAGGGAGAUUAGCCAAAGUCUUGGACAUUGGGACUGGAACUGGACUGCUGUCAAUGAUGGCUGCCCGUUCUGGUGCAGAUUCUAUUACAGCUUGUGAGGUUUUUCGACCAGUUGCUAAAUGUGCUGAAGAUGUGAUUAAAGAAAAUGGCUUUGAAGGAAAAAUAAAAGUUGUUCUGAAGCAUUCAACAGAUUUAACUGUUGGUGAAGACGGAGAUUUGAAAGAAAAGGCAAAUAUUUUAGUUGCUGAAGUCUUUGAUACAGAGCUUAUUGGAGAGGGAGCCCUAAAAACUUUUCAUCAUGCUUUAAACAAUUUAUUGGAACCUGAUUGCAUAGUAAUCCCAUCCGAAGCUUCUGUAUUUGUUCAAGUCAUAGAUUCGCCAUUAAUAACAAGUUGGAACAAGCUUUACCCAAUAACAGUGGACUCUGACAAGUGUAUAUACCCCCCAAAAUGUGUUGUUUCCUGUCCAGGAUCUGCUUCUGUUCAUGAUGUGCAGAUGUCUCAAAUUCCGAAAGACAAAUUUCACGCUUUGACAGAGCCAGUCUGUGUUUUCACGUUCGAUUUUACUGGUAAGAAAUCCAUUGAAAUGAAUGAAACGUUCAUAAAACAAGUAUCUACUCUUAGAGAAGGAAACUGUGAUGUUGUCUUUAUGUGGUGGGAUUUAAAGAUGGACAUGGAUGGUGCUGUUAUUUUGUGUAAUGGACCUAAAUGGAUGCAGCCUGAUCCGAAAGCAGCACAGUGGAGGGAUCACUGGAUGCAAGCUAUUUAUUACCUUCCUGAAGCUGUUGCUGUAUCAAAAGGAGACAAAAUCACACUCACUGCCUAUCAUGAUGAAUACAGUCUAUGGUUUGCUAUUCCUAAAGCCAACAAUAAGAAGCUGAUAGAGAGCCCGACAUGUAAAUGCUUAGUUCACGUCAGUGACUCUCAUAGUAGAAUUGCCAUGAAAAAUGACACUGAAAGAAAUUCUAUUUAUGUUCAAAUGUUGAAAGAGGUGGUCAUUGAUAAAAUUUGCCUUUGUGUUAGUGAUGGUUCUCUUUUGCCUCUUAUAAUAGCAAAACUGGGAGCUAAAAAGGUAUUCACUGUGGAAUCCAGUAGUUUCCAUCAAAAUAUGAUUGAAUCCUACAAGGAGUCCAAUGAUGACAAAGAUGUGAUACACAUAAUCAAAAAAGAACCAGUUGAUCUUACUUUAGAAGAUUUAGGAAUGGAAAAGGUAAAUGUUGUUGUUGCAGAACCUUAUUUUUCUAAUUGUUUGCGACCAUGGGAGCUUCUCACAUUUUGGCAUUUGAGAAAAGUCCUGAAUCCACUUUUGGAAGAAGAUGCUGUGGUUGUACCUGAAGUUGGAAAAAUUAACGCUGUUGGUGUUGAAUUUGAUGACUUGUGGAGGAUACGAGCACCAGUCAAGAAUGCUGAGGGUUUCAACCUUUCAAAGUUUGAUGAAAUGAUACAGAAAGCCAUUUCAAUCGCAGAUACUGCAGUUGAACCACAUCCACUUUGGGAAUAUCCAUGCAAGCCAGUCACAGAUGUUUUUAACUUGUUACAAGUAGAUUUUCAGAAAAACAGCUACAACAACAAUCUAAGCAUUUCAGGGAAACAGGCCAUUUCAAGUAAAGGGGUGUGCAAUGCAGUGGUUUUAUGGACAGAUUACUGUUUCAAAAACUCAACACUAAAGACGGGACCAAUUGAAGAUGUACAACCGAAUUCUUACGUUAAGUGGUACAUGAACCUUCAGCAAGGAGUGUACUUUGUUCAACCACCCGUACAUGUUAGUGAAACAGGUCAAAUACUGGAGUAUAAAAUUUCGAUAAACUUAGAUACUGCUGAAACAUCUUUUAAUUUUAAUGUGAUAGAAGUUUCUGGUGAUAUUUAAAUAAUGGACAUUAUUAUGAUAAAAAUUUAUUUUUAUAUAUUGCCAAUUUGUUUUUUGUACAAAUUAUAUUUUAGGAACUUAUUCAUCCACAUAAAUUGUCAUGCAUUUCAUGUACUUACAUUAAAAAUGUACAUA